AUGGCCGAAAGUGACGAAAAUGCACAAGAUCAAUCCAAAUUAAAGGAAGAAAUUGACGAUCUUUUUUCAUUUCUUAAUCUAAAAGAGAAGCUUGAUUUUCUUGAUAAAAUUGACUUAGAACAAGCAGAGUUAUCUCAGGGUGAAACUGUCUGGAGACCGACGGGAGAUCCAUCUAAGGAUAUGCUGGCUUACGACAUGCCUGCCUUGCAGUCACAUAAAGAAGAACUUUUGUCAUCUCUAAAAGAACUUCAAGCGGAAAAUGAGAAUGAAAAGAAAAAGAUCCUCAAAGUUGUGGAAGGCAUCAGUGAAACUGAAAAACAAAUCGAGGGACUAUUGAUUAAGAAUGAGAAAACACUCAAAGUUUUAUCCAGCUUUCCAAGUUUAUAA